ACUAAGAUGGCAUCAUCGGAUUCAUCUUUCAUCGUUGUCGUCAUUUUGCUUCCGACACUCCUGACCCAACAUGCUCAAGCUUGUCCAGCCGAGUGCCGCUGUUACAGUAUGACCGUAGAGUGCGGGUCCAAGGGUCUGAAGAACAUUCCGGCCAAUAUCCAUCCCUCCACUCAGACUGUGUUUCUGCAGGAUAAUGCAAUAUCUCAGAUCCAACAGCAGGACCUGUCUUCUUUAUCGGGCCUCCAGUAUUUGUAUAUCCAGAAUAAUACCAUCUCUGGCCUGGAACCCGGAGCCUUCAAAGCUCAGCAGCAUCUGGUGGAACUUGCUCUAAAUGGAAACCGCAUCCAUCUUAUCAACAGCAGCAUCUUCAAAGGACUGGAUCACCUGCGGGUCCUGUACCUGGCAGGAAACCAGAUCACCAGACUGCUGGCAUACACAUUCUCGGACCUGCAGAGACUUCAGGAGCUGCAUUUGCAGGAGAAUGACAUUGAGACCCUCCAGGAGCAGGCCUUCUUAGGACUUUCAUCCCUCGCCCUGCUUGACCUCAGCAAGAAUAAUCUGCGCACCAUAAGUCGUGCAGCACUCCGGCCUCUGAUUAGCCUGCAGGUGCUACGACUAACAGAAAACCCUUGGAGAUGUGACUGUGCCCUACAUUGGCUCCGGACAUGGAUGAAAGAAGAAGGAAAACGUCUUCUAACUUCUUUGGACAAGAAACUCAUCUGUUCUGAACCACCGAGAUUGUCCCACCAGAGUUUGCUGGACAUCUCCGGGAACAGCCUUGUCUGUAUCCCUCCCAUCGUCCUCGUAGACCCUAUGGAGCUUACAGCUCGUCUAGGGGAUGAACUUCGUGUCUCUUGUCGAGCUACGGGAUAUCCUCAGCCACUGGUAACUUGGAGGAAAGUCGCCCACGCUCGCUCAAGUCCACAGAGAGGUAAUUUGAAGUCCACCAGCAGCAGAACCUUUGAGUUGAGCGAGAGAAGUGUAGGGGAGCAGUUUGACUCUGACACAGGAAGCGGGAUGCUCUUACUGAAUAAUAUCACCAUGUCUCAUGCUGGGAAGUACGAGUGUGUGGCUUCUAAUCCUGGGGGAACGGCAAAGGUCUUGUUUCACCUGACGGUCAACCUGUCCAACCAGCAGUCCCGCUCGUACACGUCUGUGGAUAUCAGCCAAGAGCCUCUGUAUGACAUGGAGAGCAUGGAGUUCACUGCGCUUAGCAUGGCCACUCAAACUGCCAUUGCCAUUGGCAUCUCCUUGCUGGCCAUGACUGCCAUGCUUCUGAUGGUCAUGAUCUACAGAAAGCACCACAAAAGAAAAAAGUCCAAAAAGGAGGAGAACAUCCUGUACGUCAAUGACUAUUCAGAUGGCCCAACGUUUGCCCAGCUGGAAGAGUACAGGGAUGAACGUGGACACGAGAUGUUUGUCAUAGACAGAAACAAGGCUCAUUUUCCAACCUACAAGGACCCCGAAGGGCUGAGCAGCUUCACCGCUCUGACAGAGCUGACUGACGAUCUGCAGGAGCAAGGAACUCAGACUGAGGAGGAGGCUGAGCGGCAGAUCAAUGACAUUUUCAUGAACCAGAGCUUUCUGUUCCAGCAGCAGAUCGCUUAUGAAAUACACUGUUAAAGAACAAUCUAUUUCGAUGUGCUAAAGGUUGUAGUUGUGAUGUGUCGGGAAGGGGGGGAGGGGUGGAAAAGAAAAAAACUGCUGCAGAUUUUAAUACCGCUUCUUUUUUCUACAGAAUAGUCAGUCGCGUGGCUCCAUAAGGGCCCCACAGGCAGCCCCUCCAGGAGCUCUUUUUGGGUUCUUCGUCUUUUUAGCUGGUAGAGAUAUUUCAUUGCUGUCUUGGUUGGUGGAGUCUUGGUAGCAGAGCUCACAGCCUUCCCGAGAAGUCCUUGAUUCUUACGCGUGUCAGACAGAUCUGCCCCUCGCGUGCUCGGCUGUCACUGGUAGCAUUUUAAUAUCGCUGUCUGACACUUCCAGGAGACGCUGAGCCCGGAUGGCGGCGCGGGUUCACCAAGCUCCUCGCAGCUGCUGUCAUCGUACUUCUUCACAUGGAAGGAAGAGAUCUGAGUGUUAACAGCUCCUGACUGAUCGGAGACGUGCGCCGCCCGCACUGCACUGCCAGAUGACAAAUCCUUCUCCUGUCAUUUCACAACAUCUGAGUUUUCUUGCAUUUGAACUCUUCCUUCAGACUCUGGUUGAUAAGAAGCUGCUGAACUGUCAGCGUUUCUCCAAGACGACUGCCGGGCCCCUUAGAUAAUGGGCUCCUCUGUUCUCACUGCAGAAGUUCUGCAACUUUCUAACAGGUUUGUCACAAUCGUAUCCAGUCCGGACAAUCCUCCGCUAGCUGAACACAUCAGCAGCACAAAUCUCUCUCCCGAUAGUCUGCUACAAUGUAUCAGCGCAGGUAACAUGUAUCAGGCUAGUCCCGGCUGUUCAGCUUCCAGGGGAUUGUCCAGACCCAAGGCUGGCCGUAAACAUUAGACAGCUGAUGGCCAAAUGUAGGUGCACCUGGCUGCUGUCGCUCCCGAACCCCCACUAAACAUGUAUGUUUGGUUCGGCCAAGUGUGCAUGUCCACGAGGAGACGGAAUAAAGGGGGUUGUCCAACUCUGUGGGCCCCCCGCUGUCAUGACUGCACUUUGAUCCCAGCGUGUAAACGUCUUACAUGGAUCGGGACACGUGUGUCGCUGCCCCAAUAACUGGUGGUGGCAGUGACGUGUCCUCAAGCAGCAUCUGACCCGGUGGUCACAGCUGUGGCCCGUCAUUGAGUGCAGCGGUGCGCGUGUCCUCGUCCAUAUCGGACGUGCCGCGAGGACAGUGGUGGAUCCACAGAACAGGUAAGUGCUUCCCUAUAUGAAGUCAUUGCCAGACAACUGAUGGCUUAUCUCCACUGACAAUAAUGACAGGAUCGGGCAUGCUGAACUCCACCGGUCCUCUGCUGUCUGGGCAGAAUA